AGCAGAAAUAGCUCUUAAGAGAGAGGUUCAAUUAAUGGAGAAUAUUUGCCCGACAGUGCCUGCAGGGUUUAGAUUCUAUCCAACUGAAGAAGAACUGGUUUCAUUCUAUCUCCAAAACAAGCUACGAGGCACAAGACAAGACCUUGAUCGAGUGAUUCCAAUCCUCUACAUUUAUCACUUCAAUCCAGGGGAUCUCCCACAAUUUGCGGGAGAACUGUGUCGUGGAGACCCCGAACAAUGGUUUUUCUUUGUUCCUAGACAAGAGAAAGAAGCCCGUGGUGGAAGGCCCAGCCGCCUCACAGCUUCCGGAUACUGGAAAGCUACUGGCUCUCCAGGUUACGUUUACUCUUCCAAUAACAAAGUUAUUGGUGUGAAGAGAACAAUGGUUUUUUACACAGGAAGAGCUCCAACUGGGAGGAAGACUGACUGGAAAAUGAAUGAAUAUAGGGCAAUUGACGGGGAGGAAUCAUCAUCAAGUAAUAAAAUUCCAAAGUUAAGACAGGAGCUUAGUCUCUGCCGUGUGUACAGAUCGUCGACAUGCUUGCGUUCUUUUGACAGGCUACCUCCACCGACUGUUGCAGCAGCUGAUCCGACAUUAAUGGUUCAUCCAACUCAUCACAGUGGCAAUGAUCGGGCGACAACGUCUCGUGAUGAUCAGAAUCAUCCAAUAAUGGAGAUCAGAUCAAGCUUAUCGGAGAGAUCCUCGUUAGGAAACCAUGUUGAUGUUGGUAAUGACCUAUCUCAGAUGGUGGCUAGCGAUAACUGGGAUUUACUUAUUGAGAAUCAGCCUCUGUGGGAUUGGGAACAGCUCAACUGGUUUUGAGAAGAAAUACCAACAUUAGAAAGCUAUAUAUGAAGAAAUGAAGCUUUUUCUUUUUUUUUCAGUGCAUAUGUUCGUGUGUAAAGGUAGAUUAAGGACACAUAAGUUGUCCUAUUCCUUGUACUUCACCAUUGAAAUCUAAUUAAGUGGGCAUAUUAUAUAACAUAGGAGAUAUAUAACAGUUGAAAUGAGAAACAUAUUAUGAUAAUAAGAAAACCCUGACAAAUAACAUUUGAAGGAAACCUAAAUGGUUUCAUCCUAGGGUUG